CGAUUGCGUUUGUAUAUUUUGGUCCACAACCACCACCGUUACCUCCACAGAGAAAAAUAUUAAUGGAAAAAUUUGUUGAAUCAUUUAACAAAAUGGCUAAAAUAUUUCGUUUAGGACCAAUUCAAACAAUUCAAAAGGACACUGUUUAUUUAUCAGAAAAAGAACAAGAUCGUGAGCAAAAUUUAAAUUCUAUUGAAAAAUGUUUUCGUAUAAGAAAAGAACAAAAAUGUGAAUUAGUUAUUUGUAUUAUGGAUAGUCAUUGGAAUGAAUUACGACCUAGUAUUAAAUUAAAUGGAACAGUUAAAUAUGGUAUAGUAACUCAAUGUUUAUUAUAUUCAAAACUUGAAGAACAAAUGGACAGAUUUCAACGUACACAACGUGGUCAUCCUGAUCGUAUAUUAGAUAAUAUGUGUGAAAAUUUAUUAAGAAAAAUUAAUUUUAAAAUGCAAGGUAUUAAUACAAAAGUUGAAUUACCAAUUCGUACAACUAAUGGUAUUGUUGCAUCAGCAACAUCAAAAACUGAAGAUAUAUGGCAAUUUAUGGGUGCCGAUGUUAUUCAUCCUGUAUGUCGACAAGAUAAACCAUCGAUUGCAGCUGUUGUUGGCUCAGGUGAUGCAGUAUGUUCAACAAGCGCUGUUCGAAUUUGUAAACAAUGGCCAAGAAAUGGAAAAUGUGCUAUUGAAGCUAUUGUUGAAUUAAAACAAAUGGUUACUGAAUUAUUAGAAUAUUAUCGAGAAGCAAAUAGUCGAUUACCAAAUAAAAUUGUCUUUUAUAGAGAUGGAGUUGAUGAUGGACAAUUUUCACGUGUUCUUAAUUUUGAAAUUCCACAAAUAAAGCAAGCAUUUCAAGAUGUUUAUGUAAAAGAACCAUCUCCAUUAUUAACGUUUAUUGUUGUUAAAAAACGUCAUCAUACACGAUUUUUUGUACUUGACCAUAAUAAUAAAACGGCUAAUAUUCCUCCUGGACUUGUUGUUGAUACAGAUGUUGUACAUCCUGGUCAAUUUAGUUUUUUUCUUAAUUCUCAUAAAGCACUUCAAGGUACAAAUCGUCCAGCACUUUAUCAUGUUCUCUAUGAUGAAAUACACUUUACUGCUGAUGAAUUACAAUUAUUAACUUAUUAUUUAUGUUUUACUGAUCCACGUUCAUCAACUAGUGAAGCUAUUCCAUCACUUGUUCAUCAAGCUGAUUUAGCAGCAAGUAAUGCACGUGAUCUUUUUCCUGAAAGAGAUACUUCGACAAAUGAUGGUUAUGCAGCUGAUGCACUUGAAGAACCAUCACUUAAUGAUGUUGUUACAGAACAUUUAAGUGUACAUGAAGAUAUGCGUGAUACACCACAUUUUGGAUAG